CAAGCAAUUACAAUGUCAUCCAACACAGAUGUAUCUCUUUCUUCAUAUGAUGAAGAUCAGGGAUCCAAAUUGAUUCAAAAAGCUAAAGAGGCACCAUUUGUCCCCAUUGGAAUGGCGGGGUUUGCUGCAAUCGUGGCGUACGGAUUAUACAAACUGAAGAACAGGGGGAGUACUAAAAUGUCCAUCCACCUGAUCCACAUGCGAGUAGCAGCCCAAGGCUUUGUGGUGGGAGCAACGACGGUUGGUAUGACGUAUUCCAUGUAUCGAGAAUACUGGGCUAAACCUAGUAAGUCUUGGAAGAGGAGAUGCUUCCUCCUUCUUGUUCGUGUUGCUUGA